GCUCGGAGUCACAUGACGCGUCACAUGACAGCGGCUCCCGCACGGCUCGUCCUCAGUAUUCCCCCAGCUCGGGGACGGUCUGUAGGAUCAUUACGCGGUGUGACGUCACAGGGAGACAUUCCAGAGCCCGCCCAUGUGGCUGUGUGCGCUGUGAGCGGAGAGGGCGAUGGAGGUUUACAUUCCAUCGUUUCGCUAUGAAGAUAGUGACCUGGAGAAGGGAUACACGGUUUUUAGAAUAGAGGUCCUUGUGAAUGGAAGAAGACAUUUUGUGGAGAAGAGGUACAGUGAAUUCCACGCACUCCAUAAAAAGUUAAAGAAAUCUAUUAAAACACCUGAGAUGCCAUCAAAGCAUGUUCGAAACUGGAUCCCUAAGGUGCUGGAGCAGAGGCGGCAAGGACUGGAGUUGUAUUUACAGUCUGUGAUAUAUGAAAAUGAAGAGCUUCCAAAGAUAUUUCUUGAUUUUUUAAACGUUCGGCAUUUACCGUCUUUGCCAAAAGCCGAAAGCUGUGGAUCUAUUGAGGACCUUGAAUCAGACGAAACCAGCAAACUGUCACACCAGCCUGUGCUGCUGUUCCUAAGGGAUCCAUAUGUCUUGCCUGCAGCCAACGAUCAUGCAGCGAAUGUUGUGAUAGAGGGUGUUCUUCGCGGCAUAUUCUACCCACACCUACAGACCAGCUAAGGUCAUGACGUCAACGGUACAACGCACCCUGCUUCCUGUGGAACUUUUUGGGAGAAGCUUGUGCUCCUGAAAUCUUUAGCUACAAUGUUUGUGGGAGAAUCUGUGA